UGCGCUUUGGCGAAUAUGGCGUCACAUUUGUUUUGCGGUAGAGUAAACCUAAAUAUUUUGAGAGAGGCUGCACGAAAAGACCUGCGCGAGUUUUUGGAUAAAUGUUCGGGAAGCAAGGCCAUUGUUUGGGACGAGUAUCUAACUGGACCUUUCGGGUUGAUUGCUCAGUAUUCACUAUUGAAGGAACAUGAGGUGGAGAAAAUGUUCACUCUUAAAGGAGGCCGAAUACCGUCCGCCGCCGUCAAGAAUAUUGUCUUCUUUGUUCGACCGAGGUUGGAGUUAAUGGACAUCAUUGCAGAAAAUGUUUCGAGUGAGGAUAAACUGCAGCCUCGUGAGUUUCACAUUUUGUUCGUGCCUCGCCGGAGCCUCCUGUGUGAGCAGCGGCUGAAGGAGAAAGGCGUCCUGAACUCCUUCACAAACAUCGACGAGUACAUCCUCGACCUCAUCCCUUAUGAUGGAGAUCUGCUUUCCAUGGAGUCUGAGAGCUCCUUUAGAGAGUGUUAUUUAGAGAAUGAUCAGACGAGCCUCUAUCAUGCUGCCAAAGGCCUCAUGACUUUGCAAGCACUUUAUGGAACGAUACCACAGAUAUUUGGCAAAGGAGAGUGUGCACGGCACGUGGCCAACAUGAUGCUGCGGAUGAAGAGAGAGUUUGCAGGCAGUCACACUCAGAUCCUGCCCGUGUUUGACACACUUCUGCUGCUGGAUCGAAACGUGGAUUUACUCACACCGCUCGCCACGCAGCUCACAUACGAGGGUCUCAUCGAUGAGAUCUUUGGCAUCACCAAUGGUUAUGUGAAGCUCCCGCCUGAAAAGUUUGCACAGAAGAAACAGGGUGAAGGUGGAAAAGAUCUGCCCACCGAGCCCAAAAAACUGCAGCUGAACUCCGCUGAGGAGCUUUACGCUGAGAUACGCGACAAGAACUUCAAUGCUGUCGGUGCGGCUCUCAGCAAGAAGGCCAAGAUUAUUUCAGCUGCGUUUGAGGAGCGACACAACGCUAAAACUGUGGGAGAAAUUAAGCAGUUUGUUUCCCAGCUGCCUCACAUGCAGGCAGCGCGCAGCUCUCUGGCCAAUCACACCUCCAUCGCUGAACUUAUCAAAGACAUCACCACUUCAGAGGUUUUCUUUGACAGUCUGACGGUUGAGCAGGAGUUCAUGACUGGAGUCGACACAGACAAGGUCAGCACUUAUAUUGAAGACUGCAUUGCGCAGAAAGACCCGCUGAUAAAAAUCCUGCGACUGGUGUGUAUGCAGUCUGUCUGCAACAACGGACUCAAACAGAAAGUUCUGGACUACUAUAAGAGGGAGAUCCUUCAGACGUACGGAUACAAGCACAUUCUGACCCUUAAGAACUUGGAGAAGGUUGGUUUACUCAAACCUCAGAGCACCAUGAGGAACAACUACCCCACAAUCAGGAAAACACUCAAACUGUGGAUGGAGGAUGCUAACGAACAGAACCCGAAUGAUAUCUCAUACGUGUACAGCGGUUACGCUCCGCUCAGCGUUCGGCUCACUCAAGUUCUGGCGCGUCCUGGAUGGAGGAGCAUCGAGGAGGUGCUGAAGAUGCUGCCUGGGCCACACUUUGAGGAACGCCAGCAGGUUCCCACAGGCCUCCACAAGAAGCGUCAGCCUGGAGAAAACCGCACCACUUUAGUCUUCUUUCUGGGCGGCGUGACGUACGCUGAAAUCGCCGCUCUGCGCUUCCUCUCUCAUAUGGAGGACAGCGGGACCGAGUACAUCAUCGCCACCACCAAACUGAUCAACGGCACCAGCUGGGUCAAAUCUCUAAUGGAUCACCCAGAAGAAAACCAGCAGUGACGUCCAAUCCUGUUCACGUCUAUGGAAAGUUAUUAAAAAAAUGUUGAUGCAGAUCAUUUCAAUGAUCAAGCGGCCUGUUUUGAUACUAACUUAUUAAUCAGAAGACACUUGCAUUUUCUGCUACAGAUACAGUAAUGGGUCACAUUUUACAGUAAGGUUUCAUUAGUUCAUGUAUUUACUAACAUGAACUAAUAAUGAAUGAUACUUGCAUUUAUUAAUCAUAGUUCAACAUUCACUAAUGCAUUAAUAACAUCCAAUUUCAUACCUGUUACCAUUAAAGCACCGUGAGCUAACAUGAAUUGUAUUUUACUGUAAUAUAUUGUUCAUUGUUUAUGUUAGUAAAUACAUUAACUAAUGUAACCUUAUUGUAAAGUGUGAGCCAGUAAUGUAACUCCCUGUUGGAUAUUUUCCCUGUUAGCACUAUCUGUUAGCAACUUAUUUGACGAUGCAUUCCUGCUCUGUGUGAAAGCUUGAACACAUUCAUGUUUUACUCCUUUACAGUUAACUGUACGAUAUUGGUUAGGAUCGAGUUAUUUAAAGAUGAAUAACUCUGUGGUGGUUACUAACUCAAUGUUAAUCUGAACUUGUACUAUAUUCAUUCUUCUAAAGGAAAUAAAACAUUUUUAAAUAA